AUGCACCGCUUUAUCUUGUUUGCACUGUUCAUUCUAUUCACAAGAUGUGAAACGACCACAUUCAUAGUAAGCCUCAAGCCCAAGGAGACACUUGAUACGUUUAUGCAGUACGAUGCUUCCUACCCAGAAGAGCUUCAAGUCAAAGAGUACAUCACAAGAUCAUUCAAAAUAGGCUCAUUUUCUGGGUUCACAGGAGAAUUCAAUGACCAGGUUCUCGAUCGACUAUCACGAUGCCCUUUGGUUGAUGAGAUAUCACUGGAUAUUGUCGUCUACUCCUUGGACACCCACUUUCAGAUGUUCGCUCCUCGUCAUUUGGCACGCUUGAGUAGACGAAAAAGAUUGUUACCUAUAAGAAAGUAUCCCUAUGUAUACAACAACGACUUCGCUGGCAAAAAAGUGAAUGCUUAUGUUAUCGACUCUGGGGUUUACAUUGGGCAUCCAGAGUUUCAAGGUAGAGCAAGAACUGGUAGAGAUUUUUCGAAUGAAGGAGAGGGAGACAACAAUGGUCACGGGACACAUGUUGCUGGGUUGAUAGGGGCAAAGUCGUAUGGCGCAGCCAAGAAUGUCGAACUUUUUGAUGUCAAAGCUUUAAACUCUGUUGGCACCGGUACAUUGAGCACAAUUAUCGCAGCUAUUGAAUUUGUCGUGAAUCACCGGUUGCGCAGUGGUAGACCAGGAGUGGCAAAUCUAUCUUUUGGUGCACAUCAUAAUGCAAUAUUGAAUAGUGCUAUGGAACAAGCAACCCGUACUGGCCUUGUUUUUGUCGUAGCGGCGGGGAAUUCAAACAUUGAUGCUUGCUUGAUGAGUCCUGCAAGUUCGCCCUAUGCUAUCACUGUGGGAGCUAUAGAUGAUCAUGGCGAUUCAGUGUCCGGCUUUUCCAAUUGGGGUCCAUGCGUGGACAUAUUUGCAAGUGGGUCGAAUGUCAGAAGUGUCGAUUUCAAAAACAUUUACAGGUCUCUGAUUUUAUCGGGCACAUCCAUGGCUAGCCCUAUAGUGGCGGGAGUAGUAGCAACAUUACUAAGUGAAGGAGUGAACCCGGCGUGCGUCAAGGAGAGAUUGAUUGAAAUCGCGACAACAAACAGAAUUUCCAAGACUAGUUUGUAUUUCAGGCCCAAUACACCGAACAAAAUAGCUUACGUCGAAGUGGAAGAAAAUUUCAUGAAAGCGGGAAAUGACAGUGAGUCGGAAGACGAAUUGGAUUCAUAUGAAAGCCCCAACCUGCCAUGA